UUUAGAGUCGAAUUUAAGUUUUCUAUUUUUAAAAAUAGUACUAACUUUUAACAAUAACCUAGCAUUAGUGCAUAAAUAAAUAAGUUUUAGUUAUCUGUGAAUAAAUCUUUUUGAUUUCUUGCUUUUCUUCGAAGAGAUAAAAUGGCCUGCGUCGAUUUAUCAUUAUCAGCUAAUGCUGAUUCGGAAAUGGAAGAAGGGGAAAUAGUGGAUGAAGUUAAUUAUCUCUCUGAUAUAUCAUCUGAUGAAGAAUUUCUGUUAAGACAGAGGUUGAAGGUUUUAGAAAAUUAUAAUAAUGCCUUGGAGCGUAAGGAAGCGAAGAGGACAUCAAUCGGGUCAGGUAAGGAACAUGGAAACAAAGACCCACUGUAUGGACUCUCUGACAUCUCUGCUAAUGAUGUAGAUGAUGACUUUCUUAAAACAAAAUUCGUAAUCACUAAAGAAAAAAAACAUCACAGACCAAAGCGACUGAAACAAACUGAUAAGAAUAAAGAACACCGAAAGAAACUUAACCGAAACAAAAAGAAAGUGGAUAUAAGUAGCGAUAGUGAAGCUAGUGAAUUUCCUGAUGAUGAUUAUAAAAAUAAGAGACGUAAACUAGCUGAUGCAGUUUCCUUGAAUAUUGUUAAGAAUGACACAUCAACAUUAAAAGACAGAUUAUCUAAGAUGUUAUGCAUAUCAAAAGUUGGAAAUAAUAAUAAAGUAGUUCCAUUAGCAAUACCUGAAUGUAAAUUUGACCCUCAAGUUAAAAAAAUAAAUAAUGACUUCAGCGAAGCAAUACUAAAUUCGAACUCUGCAGACAAUCUAACUAAUUCGUGCAUAGGUGAUGGCGAAGGCGAUUCAAAGACAAUUCAAAUUCACGAUAGUCCGAAAGAGAAUGUGGAUACAAUUUCUAUUGAUAAAAAAGAAGAAAACAGCGUUGAAAAUUCAGAUGAAGACUUGGAAUUGCUUCGACAACAUGCACUUAAAACAAAAUCUGUUAAAACAAGAUCUGUAAAAACAAAAAAUGACCAAAAAGUAAUGAAUGAUAAAUCUGAACAUAAGACUGAUAUUUUAUCCGAAGACGAAGAUAGUGAUACGGCGGAGUUGAGAAUGAUUUGUCUAAAGUCAACGUUAUUAAAACAAGCUAUUGAAGCGAAACAGAAAAAAAAAUUACAAAAAAGACUUUCACAUACGGCCAAUAUGAAUGAAUUUGAUAUUUGCGAACCGGAAAAUGAUUUACACGUUGAUAAUAAUACUGAUAUAGAAUCUGUAGACAUGGACAUUGGUUCUGAUGGCGAAGAUAAAGGCAAAGAAUUAAUAAGUGUCUGUUCAUUAAAUCGUCCUAGAAUAAAUAGUAAUGAAGUAAAAAAUAUGACUAACAAUUUAAGAAAAGAAGACGAAUUAGAAGAGGACGAAGACUUAUUACGAGCCAAAUUAUUAACUUCAUUAAGUAAAAAUCUGCCAAAUUUAGUAGACCUAAAUGUUUUGAAUUCUGCUCUUGGUAAAGAAUCAACAAAAGUUGAGAAGAGAAAAAGUCCCUGCCAACCCAGUGCGGGUGUUGAAGAAAAGAAAUUUAUAAUUCAGCUCGGAGAAUCUGAUUCGGAAGGUGAACACGAAGCAACAAAAAAUUUAACAAAAAUGCAUAUUAAAUUAUCCGAACAAGCAGAGUUUCAACAGAAAUUAGAUCAAUUUUUAAAAACAACUAGAUUAGAGGUUGAAAAGACAAAGUUACCAGAUGUUGUACAGGAGCCUGUGCAAAAACCUCAAGAGAAGAUCAUUGUGAAGACUAUGAACCAUUUACCGAAAUCGGAACAAAUAGAAUAUAAAAACUUAGUAAAAAGAAUGGCUGAGCUGGAGAAAAUAAAACAAGCAAGGCAAAGUUUAAUUAACGUAAAUAAUAUUGCGGCUAAAGAUACUCUUAAGCCUAGAAAUUUCUCAAUGGCAACAUAUAAAAUAGCUUCUGCUAAAAAAGUAGAAGAAAAGAUUGCUUUGUCGAGAAAAAGGAUAGCAGAAGAAUCGGCAAGAAUGUUGAAAUUGAAAGAAGAGGCAACAAAAUUAUCUCAGCGUUAUAAAAUUGUUGCCACAGAGUUAAAAAAUAUUGCGACCGCAAUAACUAUUAAUAAAAAACAACAAAAAAAUGUACAGCAUGGCUUAACCAAAAUUAGACAUCAACAUCAGAUGCUUUUGAAGAGUUCGCCAACUAAACAUUCCAAUCAGAAUUUAACUUUAGGUCGGUCAAUUCAAAACGCACAGCCGACUGUUAAGUUACAAAAAGAAAAUGAACCUCUGGAUGAGGAACAAAAACAAUGUGGCAUUCUCACGUCUGUUAAAGUGACUGUUCCCAACGAUCUCAAAAAGGAUGCCGCACCUGCUAGUCCUAGACCUGUUCAAGUAGAAACAUCGAAUAAUAAAAAAAAUAUGAAGUUGCCAAAAAGUCCAAAUAAAGAUAGAAUAGUCGAGUUAAAGAAACACAGUCAAAAUAAAAAUUGUGAUGAAGAAAUUGUAAAAGAAACGAUUUUGAUUAACACUCUAGAUAAAAAUACAGACGGUGAUCGAGAUUUAACAGAAUCGGAGAGUUAUACUCGCAUAAUACAACCAGACUUAGACGAUUAUAAAUCACCGUUGGAAGCAUUACAAUGUAAAAAGUGUAUUAAAAAAACGAGAGUAAAUAAACAUUCAAAGUAUCGUUUCCGCAACUGAAUAUAAUGUGGAUGGCCAUAUGCUUACGAACAUCGCCCGUCUGCGUUGCGAUGUAAGUAUGCAUCAAAACUGUCCACGGUUUACAUUAAACUAUCAUAAUUUUUCUAAAAUGAUAACUUUUCAGCUGGGAGGAGGAUCCGAAUGCCGUCCUGUGCCCUUUCGAAUUUGGCGGCAGUUGCAGAGACCCUGAUUGCAAAUACCUUCAUCCCAAAAUUCCCAAACAAGAAUGACACACACACGUACACGUACGCACACACUACCCUACAUACAGAUAUACGUAAACAACACAACUCAUAAUAAUUCUAUUACCUUUACUACAUACUUUUCGUAACAUCCCCGAGUGCCUAUGGAUGCCAUUAUGUGUAAAGUAUUUAUGUAGAUCUCUUUCUUCUUUCAUGCAUGCAAAAAUCUAUUAUUAUUAUUUUAUUUAUUUUGAAUAUAUUUUUCAAUUUUUUUUUUAAUUUGUUUAUGUCAUUCUAAUGCAGGCAAAAUAUUAUUUAAUAUUUUUUAAGGUUAUAGUGUGUGGGUGUGUUGAUUGUUGGGCAAAAUUGUUUCUCGUAAACUUACACUAAGGAUAAUAUGGGUUUAGAAUAUAAAUGUAUUUUUAAUAUUGAAUGUAAUUAUUGAGAAAGAUUAAGUUAUUGAUGUUUAUCUAUGCAAUUCUAGUUGCCGUUGAAGAUGGUGGCCUCGGCGUCGGAGUGGUAAGUUACGAACCUUUAAAAUAGUGAUAAUGUAGUGGUUUUCAAAGCAUCGACGGUGGUAUUAGAGCGACUGAUCCAGCGCUUACGGUAAACUGUCGUGGACAAUUUACGUUAUAAACGUGUUUUUUAUUUGCUUUAAUAAAUUAAUUGUACAUAGUGUAAAAUAAAGAAAAUAUAUAAUAAAAUAUAUAAGUUAUU